AUGCCGGCUUUUAAGGUGGAGAAUGCGAGUAAUAUUGUGGCGGUGAAUGUGAAUUGGAGGGUCGGGGUGGCGCCGGGGUCAGCGGCGUGUGUGGGGUUUCAAGGCGCGGACAAGACGUCGGUCUGUCCGGCGAUUGCGAUUCAUCGAUCUUAUGGCGUGCAAGUGGGAGCGGGCACUGUAUAUGGCAGGGUAGACGUGGUGAGGAGCAUGAACGUUCGCGUCGACUCUCUCAAGAUCACAGCCCCAUCCCUCCCGUCCGUCGCCUCCCCCGCCCACAUCCGCGUCGCCCUUUCCGGCAUCGGGCCGUCGCUCCUCAAAUCCAACGUGCUUAUAACGAAUAACGAGGUGUACAACGCGCGGGUCGGCAUAGUCCUGCACAGGGGGGCGGUGGGGGUGGCAGUGGCGAGUAACUACGUGCACGGGUUCACGGGUGCGGGCAUCAUGUGUGGCGCCGGGCCGAGAUUCGUAGGAGACUGCAUGCUCGUGAACGUGUCUAACAAUGUGGUGCAAGCUCCCUGGGGGGCUAUGGCUGGCGCGGGGAAAGCCAUGGGGAUUGUAUUUUCAACCCACUGGAUCAACCCAGGCAACGUUGCAUCGUGCAACUAUGUCGUCAACGGUGCGCUGUGCUAUGACCUGGACGCCCAGUCAUCGGGUGUUUUGGUGCACGGGGGUGCAUGCAUAUACGCAAAACAGGGCGUGAGGAUCAACAACGGCAAGAUGAACGUUGUGAAGCAUGUGAUAAUGAGUGAAGUUCCUGGAACCACAGGGUCCAUCGCCUGCCCUACAGUCUCCACCGUUAAUUGCCUCAAGAAGCCGGGCUCCUAUUGGGAGGCAAUGCGGCUCAAAUACUACAAUUCCGCUGCAAUAAACACUGCUUACCCCUAUCUGCAGCAGAUAUGCACCCAGACCCAAGUGAACGGCGGUAUGUAUUGCAACCCAGACACCAGCCUUAAUGCUACAACCACUGGCAACUGUAGCGGGCUGCCCACAGAAAAUAAUCUCGACCUGGUUACCAUCAGCAACAACACCGAGUCAAUGGGUUACGAUAAUUGCUUAGCUGUCGAUAACGUCGACAUUUUAAGCAACCUCACGCAGAUUCCCAUUCCUUACCCGAAGAAGGCGGGUUUCCGGAAUCUUCGCCGCAACGAUUUUGGAUUGAAGACUGGCUCGUUGCUCUACAAGUUUCGACCGAGAUUUAAGAGCUGCCCAAGGAGAUACUCUGGUCCUCGUAGGCCUUAUUCAAACCUGCUACUUCCUCCCACCAUCGGCUCUCGUCGCUUCUCCCCCUCCCCCACCUAUGCCUUCCCCGUCACUUCUCCAUCUCCACCUUCAUCGCUUCCCACCGUCCCCCUUUUUUCCCCGCAUUCCCCACGCCUUCGCCCCCCCUGUCCUCCGUCUCCUCUCCUUCACCGCACCUUCUGCCCGCCACCUCCGCGCCAUCUCCGCACCGUUCCACCCCACUCCCCCCUCCGUUCUUCCCCGCCCUCCUCUUCCGCAGACGUGGCAAAGUAUCGCGGACUCUUCUGGCGCUUCCUGGACCAAUGGCCGUCAUUGACGCGUCCACGUCAGGAUGCUGCUGACCUGGACUCCUCCGUGGCUCACGACGCGGCAGUCCCGUCGCUGUCGUCUGCUUCUCUGUUUGCGGCGGGCAACGAGACCUGGGAGUCGCAAGCGGAGUCGCAGAAGCAGGCGGAGUCUCAAGCGGAGUCGCAAGCGGAGGGAGCUGCCUUGAACCGUCCCGCCGUCGAUGCAGGAGUGAGCGCUUCGAGAAAACGGCUGGCGCACGUGGCGCGCGAGGAUAUUCAGAUGGGGCGCAGGCGAAUGGGCGUCCACACCCCAAUCGUUAUCCACCGCGGAACCAUCGGCGCAAUCGUGCGAAACAACUACGUGCACGAUUUCCUCUUCGCGGGAAUUCGCUGCGGAUCAGACGUGCAUUUCGCCGCGGAUUGCAUGCUCACGCAGAUCGACCGUAACCACGUCGUCGCUGCUGGGCGAAACAGAUCCGGCGACCAGGACGCCGCUGGGAUCUACUACUGCGUGCACUGGUUCAGCCCAGCGGAAUGCAAUUACAUCUUUAACGGAGACCACUGCUACUACCUCGAUUUUGUCACGUCGGGUGUGACUAUCAAGGGGGGUGCAUGCGUUGGCACAUACGAUGGGAUCAAGGUCAACAACGGAAAGUGGAAUUCCAUCGAGAGUGUGAUUAUAAAGAAGGUACCAGGUUCGCCAGGGUGGAGCACGUGUUUCACUCCAACUGUCCUCAACUGUGACAAGAACCCUGGCACAUACUGGGAACUCAUGCGCAAACAGUACUACGACACGCCAGUGUUCCAACAGAAAUACCCUUUCUGGCCUAAUGUUUGCACCCAGACCAACAUCAACGGCAAGCCAUGCAACACCAAAGUCAAGGGAACGUUGUCUGCAGAGAAAACAGGGGCAUGCAGCGGCCUUCCCACUGAAAAUUACCUAAACCUCGUCCUGGUGGAGACUGAUGGGCGGCCCCUCGACUAUAAGUACUGUGAAAACUUGCCUACAGUCGCGGCGGGUCCUCUAAAUGACGAGAGGGGGGUGAAUCUUACCGACAUUCCCGGGGCAAAAUUUCUGGAUUAUGCGAACGACGACUUGGGUGUGAAUCCAGGCUCGUCCCUCUUCACCAGCAUCAAUGGUUUUAAGAGCUGCCCGAGAAAAGACGUGGGGCCCCGGCGGAUCGACGACGGGUUCUACUAUUUGAAUUUCAACCGCCCGGAGCCGGAUCUGUACAAGCUGGUGGUGAGCAUGGCCACUACGCACAUUCAUAAUCCUGACAUUGUGAAGCUGAGUAAGAUUCCCAAAAAGAAAGGGAAGUAG